UUUAUGAACAGCAUACAUACAGCAUGUAUUUCCGGAUUAAUGAUGAGUGAGUAAAAUAUUGUGGUAAAUGGGUCCGUUGUUAUGAAAGAUAUACUUAUGAUGGCUUCAAUUAAUAGUAAAACUCGACCUCUUGUAGAGCAACCGUCAGCUCAAUUGAAGUGCCCAUUUUGUCGUAAACUUCUUUUCAAUCCUGUAAUUAGCACAGAUUGUGGACACACCUUUUGCCAAGCGUGUUCUACUACUGCUGCAAAGACGGAUGGAGCAAGAGCCAGCGCGGUUGUCUGCCCGGUUGACGGAAAGCCGAUACAUCCCGGUAACCUUGUCGUUAACCGGGCCAUUGCUUCUCAAAUAGAUGAUCUUGUAGUAUACUGCCCUCGUGGUAUUAAACGCCUCACAUCACAUGACUAUGUACCAGAAGAGGGAGGGUGCCCAGUACAACUGACAAUAGCCAACAUUGACGAACACGAGCUGCAGUGCGAAUAUGUAAAGCUAGGCUGUCCAAAUAAUGAACCGGUGUGUGGAACCUUUAGGAGGAAUGAACUGGAUGAACACUUGAGGAUAUGCCCUUAUGUGCCAUGCAGAUAUGCAGCAAAUGGCUGUAGUUUUUUGGGACCAAGUGCCAAUCUAGAGAAACAUGAAACAGUUUGUGAUUUUGUGGAAGCACAAGAGAGUGGUAAUUGGAAGAACACAGUAAAAGAAUUGAAAGAUGAAAAUAUGGGAUUGAAGAAAACAGUUCAUGAAUUGAGUGAACGUGUAUCGAUGUUAGAAGACGAAAGGAAAGCAAUGGCAGCUUUGUUACAAAAGUGUUCUCAGUCCAUCCAGAGCUUAGAAGAACAGCAACAGAAAAUGCAGAAAGUAGACCUUGUGCGUAGAGCGAGAAACAACUCCACUUCCUCUAUAUCAAGUAUUGGCUCUUCUCAUAAGAGGCGUUCUUCUGCGAGUCCAGAACACCCAUCAUCAGUUGCCAGAGAACAGUGGUUCCUGCCCUUUGAAUUCAAAUGUAUAGGAACAUUGAGGGGACACACUGGUGGUGUUCAUUGCCUAACUGUGAAAGGCAGGACCUUGUACAGUAGUGGGGCAGACAAUGUUAUCAAAGUAUGGAACAUAGAACACUUAAGUAAAGGAUGUGUAAGGACACUUAAGGGACACAAAGGAAAGGUGACAGUAUUAAUAGAUGGAGGCGACUGUCUCUUUAGUGCAAGUGAAGACAAGAGCAUCAGAAAAUGGUCUUAUGAUGACCAUGCUAUGGUAGAAAUAUUAGCUAGAAAGGAGGCCCAUCCAGAAGAAAUUACAGCUUUAGCCAUAACAGCCAAAUACGUGUUCUCUUCUUCCUAUGCAGAAAUUAAGGUUUGGAGCCAUGAAACAUUGGAGGCUGUUGAAACACUGUCUGGUCUUCAUCAUCGUGUCAGAGCAUUGACAUUAGAUGGUACAAAGGAAAUGCUUUACAGUGGGUCUCAUAAUGCCAUCCAUAUAUGGGAUUCCACUGGAAACUUUGCCUUAAAGAGGAAAUUAGAACAUAGCUAUGGCUCUGUCUAUUCAAUGGCAUUAACGGAUCUCUACAUCAUUAUUGGUAAGUGCAGCUCAUUGCUAUUUUCUGGUACUUAUAACCGAAAUAUGCACAUUUUUGACUUAGUGUCCCACCAACAUGUGAAGUCACUGCGGGGACAUGUGGGCAUUGUCACUGACCUAAGCCUGUCCCCGGCCAACCAAUUUCUGCUAUCUGGUUCAUUUGACUGUACAGUUCAGAUUUGGAAUCUUGAAAACUUUCUGCCGCUACAAACAUUAAGCCGGCAUGAAGGUGGGGUCAAUGCUCUAGCUUUGAACAAUGGUUUGCUCUUUACUGGAUCUGAUGACAAAGAAAUCAAAAUUUUCAAAUACUUCAAAUUGAUGACACACUCUGGCUAUGGAAAUCAUAUCAAAUUAUAAGAGGGCUGCAAACAGUAUUAUUGUUAAUUACAGUGUAACAGGUAUAGUGCAAGUAGAAAGAAAAGAGUCAAGAUGAAGCUGUUAUUUUUGCCUGGGAAACCAAAGAAAACAGAGAAUUAUGGCAAUGAAAAUGACAAUUAUAAUGAAAGUGUGGAUUCCUUAUUGGAAGAAGUGUGUGCAGUGUCACUAUUGGCAGGUUAAAGGUCUGUCCACACUAUUAAAUAUUCUGUGAGAAAUGCGAUUUGGCCAUAUGGGAAAUAUGAUGUCAUAUCACACCCAUGUGGCUGGUGUUUGUCACAUAUUUCUGGUAGAGUGAAAAGCUUAAGAUGAGAUAUUGAAAGAGUAAAAUUUCAUCCCUGCAUUGACUUUACAUUUGUAAUCAAUUUUUUAAUUGACAACGCUGAUCUUUAGGGCUUUCAAAAAAAAUAGUUAAGAAAAUGGCCUAAAAAAAGUUCCUAAUAUUAAUGAAUAAUGUUACAAAAUGCACUUUUCUACUUGGUUUCAAGAUGGAGGUAUUAUUAUGGUUACAAUAACACAGUGGUUGUUUUCCAUAUCAAGUUUUCUGUAUUACAAUUAAACAAUUGCCUGUGAUGUGCCUACGGUAUAUAAAGACGUGAUAUCAUCACAUUGAUUUGUGGCAGAUCAAAAGUUUUUGUCAUAUGAAACUUGAGAGUGAGACUAACAAGAGACGAUGGUAGAGAAGAAAGUUUGUCCCUCCAAUAAGAGAGCAGCUGACUUCAGUCGACUUAACUGGUGGUAGCCACUGUGUAUGCCUUAAAGCGUGGAUAUAUCUUAGUCCCCGUAUCAAUUCCCAUCUCUGCUCUGCUUGUAUUUCUGCUAAAGAGCUGAAAUGCGAGUUACGAUAGCACAUUAUCUUUCAGAUGAGACAUUUUGCAUGCGUUAUGGCCCAUGUGCAUAUUAACAAGUGCAGUAUACUCUUCGGGAAAGAGUAGGGAUUGUUUCCUGGUGUACUGCCCAAUUCACAAUCAGAAUAAUCCUACUGGAAACCUCAUCCUCACGCUAAAAAUACUCCUAUAUAUCAUGUACUUUGUGUUAAUUUUUUUAAUUAUUGAGUAGGCUUUCAUCUAGCAUGCAAGGCUUUCACAAAAUGACUUUAAAAAAGUGUCAAAAAUUAUAUCAAAUAAUAAAAUAUUAAAACAGCACAAA